ACACCAAAAGUGUGUACUGCAAUAGAGAAGAUAAUAUGUUCUGUAUCGUAGCGUUUUUUUUUUUUUUAGCGUUAUCGUAACUAGAGAUUGAUAAAAUAAGUAUAGGUACACAUUUAGUGCGAUGGUGGUUUCCGUGAUGGGUAUUUUCUAGAGGGUAGCAGCUAUGUGUUUAGUUAGAUCAAUAUUUUAAAAUUAAUUUUAUGCGGUAAGCUCUUUAUGGUGCGCGACACGGCGAGCUGGUUAGUUUUUCCAACAUGGACGGCGGAGACGGUCGUUCAGGCGACGCGCCGGAAAAAACAUCGGACUUUUACAAAACCUAUAAUUUACCCGUUCGUUUCGAAUAUCCAGGUCUACAGAACUACAGCGAAAUCAGACGAACUCCAACCAAUCCUUUCUACGCGACUACCUACAACGAUUACGGGUACUUCCCGCCGACUGUGCACACGGUGAGGAAAUGCUAUCACGGCAAGCCUCAGAGAUUCGGACAGGAACAGUUUGUCAGAGGAAUGUACAGAGACAACUCAUUGAACAUGUGAACGAUAUCUGCAAUGGAUUACAUCCAUAUUAUCAAUAUCAUUAUGUCACAGGGGUGGCCAAACACUGCCUCGCGUAGUCGUGUGUAUAGUGUAUACGCAUGCGGUUCGCGUCUGACUAGCUCAAAACGAUUUUACAAAUAAAAUAAUAUUACCCCUAUUGGUAAUGUCCGUCAUGGGUGUUAUAUAUUACGAAGAAAAAAUUUAAUCUGAUAUUGAUGUUCAAUUAUAUAUUAUUAUUUCGCAAUUUACACAUUUCAUUACGCGAUUGAUAUCUUAUUUAUGAACAUGAUUGAGAAUCUUAUUUUCCCGACUCUCGGCUCUUACAUAUUUUUCAUUACAUAUUGUGCGGCUCACCACUCACUUAUCCCCCUGGUCACCCCUGUUAUAUUAUGUCGGAAACGUCGUUCAUCAAAACAAGUUUAUGAUUGGUAUUCUAUAUUAUCAGCACUUUGUAUUGUAGCUACGUAUAAAUAACGUUUAGUCUCAACAAUUGUAUUAUUAUUUAUAUGAUCAUCACGAUUUAAUUUUAAAUUUUCAUUAGGAUUUGUUCCAGAAUAAUGUAAUUGUUAUUACUUACUAUGCAGUAUAUAAUUAGUUCUGGAAAUUAAAUAUAUUUACAGGGAAAAAUGUCCAUGGUCUUGAAAUUAGGCACACGCAUUCUUUUUAGGGUACUUACAAAUAUACUAGAACUCUUAACAGUCAUAACCACUUAAGUGUGUAAAUUUGAUUUCCAGUUUUUUCUCAAAAAUGCUACUUGACAGAAAAUGUACAUUUAUACAGUUUUGUUACAUUUUAUUGUGUAUAAAAAAUAUCCUAUUAAAGUUUCCCUUAAAAUCAAUGCGAUGAAUAUGGUACGAUGUAAUAUUAUAAACAGUUAAAUAUUAUUAAAAUUUCGUGCGAACAUGAUUUAUCAUAGUGAAAAAUACGGAUAUGAUACUUCAGGAAUUGUUCUAACAUGUCAUGAAAUAAUUUUUUUGAAAUAAUUUAAUUUUGGUAAUUAAAAACAAAAAAUCAAAUUUUAAUUUAAAACUAUAGGUAGUAUAGCCAGUAAGAAGUACAGACUACAGUUAACGAUUAAUUAAAUAUUAAAUGGAAAAUGCUAUCGAAAUAUUUCUUAGAUUUUUACAUCGUACAUUAUAUAAAUAAAAUAUUAAUCAUCUAUCUUGUCUAUUAACCUAACCUAACCUAACCUAACCUAACCUUUUCUACAUCGCGAUCAGGAAUUAAAUAUUGAAUACUAAACUAUUUUGUUGAAUACUAUCUUAAUUAGAAUAUAAUUAAAUCAGUGGCAGUCCUUAAUUCUAGGCCUUUAACUCCUUGUUUCUCCGAUCCUACUGAUACGACACCAUUAACCCCAGCUCACUUUUUAUUUGGAGAGUCUACUUGUUCUUUAUCCGAACCAGAUUUAACUGGUACAUCGGACAAUCGCUUAAAACGUUGGCAGCGAGUAACCCAGUUAACUCAAACACUAUGGCAACGCUGGAAUAAAGAGUACUUGUCACAACUUCAAACCAGGCGAAAGUAGCUGGCUAACAAAGGCUCCAAGAUAAAGGUCGGUACUAUAGUGUUGGUGAAAGAAGAGGACCCCCCCCCCCC